CGGGGACGGGCGGAGGGCCGCUGGGCAGCUAUUUAGUGCGGGCUGUGUGAGUGGGACUGCCCAGUGCAGCUGUUACAGGGAGUGAUAUCAUUCUCACACACAGGCUGCAGCGCUCACUCCUGUUGGCACCUUCAGCUCCUGCUCAUUCAUUGCAACGUGAGGGCGGCUCGGUGCCCCUGUGACUUUAAGAGGCUGAGUCUAGGGGCCAAUGAGGGCUUGGCUAGCAGUGACGCGCUCGCCUUCCUCUCUGCCAAUGAGCGCUCAUUAAGAGUGGAGCCCAAACACAUUUUACUACAGAGCUCCAGACCCCAAAGAAGAAGGUGCUUAGGAAAUACAAAGGGCUUGUCAGAGACACCCAGGAACAGGGCAGGUUACUGAACUUACAAGAGUCUGAAGUUUGGGAGCACCGUGAUUGGCUGACAAUGCUUGCAGAAUUAUCCAUGAUUCUCCUAGUGGCCAGCGUAUGCAGAGGCCUUCCAUUCUAUAAUGGAUUCUACUAUGAGCAUAUCCUCAACAACAAAACCAAUAACGGCAAUGGAGAGGUGAUUCAUUUCAAUGGUGUGAGGCUUGUGGUAAACACUCCAGAUGACUCUCUCUUUGGCUACCGUGGUGGGAAUGUUACCCUGCCAUGUACAUUUCAUUAUGAGCCCAAGCUAAACUCCACUAGAAGGUUCCGUGUCAAAUGGUCAAAACUGCACAAUGAUAACACUAAGGAGAGAGAUGUGUUGGUGGCUAUUGGAUUAAGGCACAGGAGCUUUGGGGAAUACAAAGGCCGAGUGCACCUGAUUCAAAAUCAGCCAAAUGAAGUCUCAAUGGUCAUCACGGAUUUGCGCCUGGAGGAUUAUGGAAAGUACAAGUGUGAGGUCAUUGAUGGACUAGAAGACGAAAGUGGAAUUGUAGAACUGGAGUUAAGAGGUGUUGUCUAUCCUUAUCAGCCUCCUCAUGGGAGAUACCAACUUAACUUCCACGAUGCCAAAAAAGCUUGUGAAGAUCAAGACGCCAUGAUGGCUUCAUUUGAACAGCUCUUUAAGGCCUGGGAGGAAGGACUGGACUGGUGCAAUGCUGGUUGGUUGAUGGAUGGCACCGUACAGUACCCAGUUACGUUGCCCAGAGAACCUUGCGGUGGGAAAGAUACUGCCCCUGGUGUUAGGAGCUAUGGAGAGCGCCACAAGCACCUGCACAGAUUUGAUGCUUUCUGCUUCUCUUCUGCUCUUAAGGGGAAAGUUUACUAUCUUGAGUACCCUGAGAGGAUGACUUUUGCUGAGGCCAAAGCAGCAUGCCAAGACGACGGGGCACAAAUUGCCAAGGUUGGACAGCUCUUUGCUGCAUGGAAAUUCAUUGACUUAGACCGCUGUGAUGCUGGCUGGUUGGAUGAUGGCAGCGUCAGAUAUCCUAUAGCCUCUCCCCGUCCUAACUGUGGUCCACCUGAACCUGGAGUUAGGAGCUUUGGAUUUCCAGCAAGAUAUAUGAAGUUUGGUGUCUACUGCUACAAAAUGAGUUAAUUUAAAAGAAAUCUGACACCUUGGACCUUAUGUGAUAUACAUUCCUAUUACCUCGGGAUGAACCUGAAGAAUACGGAAAAGAAUACAUAACAAUAUAAGUCUUGAGACAGUAUCUCAGGCAAACCAGUGACACUACAUAGGCUUGGAUAUUAUGUUUUUUUUUUAACAGAUAUAAUUAUUUUUCUGUUCAUGUUAAAAUAUAUGACAAAAUGUCUUUCCCUUCUUAAAUGAUCUAUGCUAACACAUUCCGCAAAGAUGUAUAUAUAUAUAUAUAUAUAUAUAUAUAUAUAUAUAUAUAUAUAUAAAAACUAGGUGGCUGGUUGAGACUUGUGUAGGUUCUGACCAUCAAAGUUAAACCAUGCCUAAAACCAAUGCCUCUUAAAGGGAGAUUUGUUUUAGGCAUUGGCACAUUAGGGUCCUGGUGUGAGGAUGAAUCUAUAAGCCUAAUGUGCUUAUAACUGUACUAUCAGCUGUUACAGUACUUUAUUCAGACCUAGGUAUUUCGGGGCUACCUCAGAUAUGAAUAUAAUUAGUGUGUUUUGUGGAAUGCAAUGUCUCCCUAUAUGACAUACAGCUUUCUUAAUAGACGUCACCAAUACAUUAGAAAGCCACACACAGUCUUUACUUUAAACCUUGUCAUAAUUUCUAAAUGUUGGGUUUAAUGUAAGUAAUGCAAAAGUAUCUAUUUGUAUUAACAGCCUCUUGUGUAUAUUCUUUUUCUGCUGUUAUCUUCAUGCCCACUUGAAAUGGAAUUGCCAACUUAACCAGUUCCUAAUUUAACCAACAGCAACCCCCUGUAAUAAAUAAGGUUAUUAGAAAUUACAGAGCCAUACCUGGCCAUAUAAAAGCACAAUGUAACAUGCUGAGUGCUUUUAUAAAGAGCACAGAUCUUCAAAGUAUCUUCUUGUAACCUUAAUUAUAGGGGUAUGUUAUUCUUUAUAAUUAACAAGAACAGCAGCUAUAUCAGUGCUAUAUAAAUGCUGCUGUGAGCUCACUGAGAAAGCAUCCCCUAUAGUGGUACUGGCAGGCACUGCUAUGAGGGCAUAGUUAGAUAGAGAUAUCAGCACUGAUGCUAUAGUUGCUGAUAUGGGCACUCAGUGAGCACAACAAAGAUAUCAACAAUAAAAAGGCAUUUCCAUGAGCACACUGUUGGGACACCACCGAUAACAGCAUUGACAGUGCUAGUUAGCUUGUUGGUGUUGCUACCUCUUUAAAGAAUAGAUGGUUCAUUCUGACUUCAGAACGCAUCAUUUAUAAGGCUAUAAUUUACAAGUUGAUAUAUUUAUAUAUAUAUUACAUAGGGAAUAUUAUUGCACCCUUUGUAAAAUAUAAGGAUGAUAAAAAUGACUGAGGCGUUCCCUGACCUGCUUUCACACGCGUCAUGGCAGUGUGAGGUGACGUCUAAUAUUCUUAUUUUAUACAACAGGUUGCACAUUAUUUUUGAUAAUAGACAAGUUGAGGUGACUCGUGACACAUAUCACAUCGCUAAGCACCAUUUAUUAGGAUAUCAUCUAUAGGACAUGUGUGUUACAUAGGUAUAAAAGUAUCCAGGGUUUCAAAAUCAAGGGCAAAUGAAGGAGGGUGUAAAAAAAAAAAAAAGUAUCCAGGCUCACAGAGAUUUUCAUUGUGGUCACUUUUCCAGGUAUAGUACAAAAAAUAUUAUAAUAUGAAUGAUAUGAAAUAAGCAGCCUGGAACACCCACACCCCCUGGUUUUAGGCUAUGAAGUUAUUAAUGGACUAAACUGACUAAUAUUUUGUGUAGGUGUCUAAUCAUUGGGUUAUAUAGCCUGUUCCUGCAGAAGGUGAAAUUAUACUCAGUAUGUUUCUAGAACCUGAUGUUUUGCCACCACAAGAUAGAAGCGAAGAUCCUACAGUAGCCCCUUGAAAGCCUGAUUUCAAUCCAAAUGAGAAUGUGUAGGAUUUGUAUUUCAAUCCAGAUGAGAAUGUGCAGGAUUUGUUAUGUAAUAAAAUGAAAGAUAUAAGGGGUCAUUUACUAAGACUCGGGGCAGAAGUGCAAGAACACUAAGGAGGUCCAAGUGCACAUUCCCUAGUUGUCAUGCAUUUUAGCACCCCUUUCCAACCUGCGUCCAUUGCCACUCCCUAACUUGUUCGUCUGGAUGAUGUGCAAGUUAUGGGGUGCAAAACAUUGGUAUUAUUAAAAGUGACGCACUGACAUGAAUAUCUUAUCAAGAGGUAAAAUUUGUUUUAAAUACAGAGAAACUUUUUACAUUUAUUUUUUUAUACCACUCAGUAAUAUAAAGAUGAUAUUUGGGUUUGUUUUUAUCCUUCAGUAAUACUCUAUUUUAUUAUUCUGAUUAAAAUGCUGCCCAUCUAAUGAAAAUGAUCUUAAAUAUUAAGCAGACUUUUACUGUACAAUAUGAACACAAAAUCUGCACAAGAAAAUGUUUUAAAUUGUGGCCUUAAUUGUGACAUAUACCGUACACUGGCACCUACCCCCAUUGCAGUGCAGCUCCGUUGCUUUAGUUGCAAGGGAGCCCUGUGUGGAGGUAAGUACAGCUGUCCGGCUUGUGUAAGGGGUCUGUUAUAGGUUACCCAUGAACUCUCCAUGUCCUAAAUCAACACCUUGUGACACUUGUCAUGUUUCUUUCUUCAUAAAGAACAGACAGCUUUGCUAAAGGAUAAUGUGUGAAAGUGCAGUUUGCCAGCAGCACUGCACUGGUUUUAUCAUAGCAUUGCACACUAUAAUGCCAGCACGAGGCCCGGAUGGGACAUCGAUUUUCAUUCCUCUAUGAAGUGUGCUAGUUCCAGGAUCCAGUAUGUGAGAGUGUAUGUUCAGCAAACAGUGCUGGAGAUCCUAGCUGGAUUUCCCAUUGCACAGAGGCCACACUGUAGCUUGAGUUCUAAAUGGAUGUCCAUGUGGCAGACAGAAAUAAGGGCUCCUUCAUAAACAGCUCUCCUCUUUAUACACUGCCUGGCAAGCAUCCAAGCUGCUUGAAUGACCUGCCCAGUUUGACUAGAAACCGCAGGGGCUCAAGGUGGGCAGGGGCAGAUAGAUAAACAGAACAGAUCUGUACACAACCACUUAGCUGAAAAAGACUCCUCUAUAUGAGCUGGCCCUGAGGUUUUGUGUCAUGCAGCCCAAUUUGUAAAAUCUUCAAGAUCUUACUGUUAACCCCUGUAUGACUUGCAGGGAAAAGAAAUACUGGUUCCCCCCAGCCUCUUAGGGCCCUUGCCUAAUGAUUUUUUAAUUGUCACAAUUAGUUGACUUGAUGUAGGAGGGAUUUUUCAUAUAUUGUCUGAGCAUCUUAUGUUUUGCCUUAACCCUUAACAAUUCUGUUCAGCUAUGGCAUUCAAAAUUUAGUUUGGCAGCAAGGGGUUUAAGGCAAUGAAGGGGUUAACAGGACACAGCAUUUGCCCACGUAUCUGAACAGCACAAUUUCCUACAAAGAGUUUGGAUGUAUUCCUGUAAGGUCUCUUACUGAUUCGGGCUCCCAUCCCUGAAUCCAACCUUUAUGUUACAGUAUGUUUACCAAAGUGCAUGUUUAAAUGAGGCUUAUUUUAGGAUUCAUACAAACUGAUAUUAUAUUUUUAUUUUUAAAAAAUGGUGCUAUUGUUUUAUAUGUAAAUACCUUCUAUACUAUGAUUAUUGCCAUUUUUUUACAGCAAUUCAGUAUUUCUUUUCAAUUUCAUGAGUUCAACUAACAAAUGAAAAAUUGUCUAAAAAUCAAUGAAAUAAAGUUCAAAUGAACACAUUUAGUGA